AUGGCUUAUCAUAUUUAUGGUAGUAAUAAUAAUAAUAGUGGUAAUCGUCAAUCAUCGUCAGUAAUUAUGCCAACAAGCGAUCAUAUUACACAGGAUAAUUAUGAUUAUGAUUAUGAUUAUGAAUUGAAAAAAUUAAUGGAUCGUGAACAUCAAUUAAUGAUAACACAGCAGCAAUUACCAAUAGAUAAUAAUGUAAUUGGACGACAAAACACUUCGUAUAUACCAUUGGAUGAUGGCAUAUAUAGAUAUGUACAACAACAUCAAACUAAUUCUCCAAUUGAUCAACUAUUAUUACCACCAACAUCAACAACUACAAUGGAGAGUUCAUGGCCAGCGAAACCACUUCGUAUUAUUAUUAUUCGUCAUGCUGAACGAGCUGAUGCUGUUUUAGGUUCAGAUUGGUCAAGAAAAUGUUUUGAUCGAAAUGGUCGUUAUAUACGCUGUACUGAACAUUUGCCAGAUGCAUUGCCACAUCGUUCUUAUUUACAUCAUUAUGUUAUUGAUGUACCUUUAACAAAUCGUGGGCGUAUGCAUUCAUUUAAAACAGGUAGAGCAUUAUUACUUAAUGGAUAUGGAACUGAUUUCUGUUAUACAAGUCCAUCGUUACGAUGUGUACAAAGUGCUAAUGGAAUUUUAACUGGUAUGGGUAGAAGGGAUAUACCCAUGCGAGUGGAACCAGGUUUAUUUGAAUGUUAUUUAAAUGAUUUUAAACGUACAUUAUGUUUUAUGACAAAAGAUGAAUUAGUAGCUAAUGGAUAUAAUAUUGAUCAAUCUUAUCAACCAUUAAUACCAUUUAUGCGACCGCAUGAUAGUCAAACGGAUUAUUAUGAACGAAGUCGAAUACUUAUAGAUAAUAUUAUCGAACGACAUCAAGCUACAGGUGGAACUAUUUUAAUAGUAGCACAUGCACCAAGUCUUGAAGGAUUAACACGUCAUUUAUCUGGUGGAAAAUUUCAACCAGAAAAAUUAUUUGAUCUUGCUCGUCGAGUACCAUUUCUUGCAAUGACUAUAAUUGAAAAGAAUGGUAUUAAUAAUCCAUGGCUUUUUCGUACACGACCACUUCAAACAAAUCAAACACAAACAAUACAUGAAUUACCAUUUGAAUCACUUUCAUCAUCGACACGUCUUGAUAUGGUAGAUACUAAUCAUUUGAUGACUCAACAAGGACAACAACAACAACAACAACAAUCAACUCAAAUUCCAACGAUUGCUAAAUAUGCAAAACCAAAUCAUCCAUUAAUUGAAAAGCUACAAUCAGAAUCACCAACUAGUCUUAUUCCAAUUGAUUUUAAAAAAGUUGUUAAAAGUUCAACAGCACCAAAUUUACGCAUGAGCAGUUCACUUAGUGAAAUGUUUCAUGUUAUUUGA